AUGCCGAACUCCGAUCAUUCACUAUCAAAUCAGAGGAGACUCGUUUUAUGUUUCGAUGGAACAGGAAACAAAUUUCAAGGGGCUCCAUCUGAUACAAACAUCGUGAAGCUCUUUCAAAUGCUUGACCGUCGUGAUCCUAAUCAGUUUCAUUACUACCAACCUGGUAUUGGGACAUACUCAGAAGGGGGCCACUCCAAGCCCCAGACUUAUAUCGCCAGGCUCGCAGCAAAAAUAUCUGCAGCAAUAGACCAAGGGGUUGGAACUUCAUUUGUGGACCAUGUAGUGGCAGGAUAUCGCUUCCUCAUGCGCUACUAUCAGGUCAACGAUGCUAUCUAUAUAUUUGGCUUCUCGAGAGGCGCAUACACUGCUCGCUUCCUAGCUGAAAUGGUCCAUACCAUAGGACUUUUAUCCCAGGGCAACGAAGAAAUGAUACACUUCGCAUGGGAAACUUUUUCGGAGUUUCAAAAGUGUCGUGGGGAUGAGAGAAAGUCUGAAGAAACUCAGGAGCAUGAACAUUUCAUGGUCAAAUUCAAACAAACGUUUUGUCGUCAGAACGUCAAGAUCCACUUUCUGGGUCUUUUUGACUGCGUCAAUAGCGUUGGUCAAUUCGAAGUGCCAUUGGCCCAAAAGUCAUUCACAUAUAUCCCUAGGUCAUCCGCGACUCAUGUACGGCACGCUGUCUCGAUACAUGAGAGGAGGCUGAAAUUCAAGCCAGCAUUAUUCAGAAUGGAUAACAAAGACUUGUCCAACGACACUGUGGAGAUGUGGUUUGCUGGAAACCAUGGAGAUGUUGGAGGCGGAUGGGAUCUUCAAGGUGGUCAGAGGGUACUACUGUCGGAUACUCCCCUACUAUGGAUGCUAGAAGAGCUGCACAAACUUCCUCGCACCAACCACACGCUGUCAUUUCGGUACACGUCAAUCUCAAAUACACAUAGUACUGCCAAUUCUGAACCCAGAAAGUCUUCAUCGGGUAGAUUCGACUCUAGAAAUGGCAUCCGUGUCUUGGAGCCACAUGAUAUGCUUACAUUUGGCAAAGGCAUAUCAUGGCUUGGGGUUCUGUUCUGGUGGAUCUUGGGUGAGUGGGUCCAUUCCAUCCUGGAUAAGCUGAGUCUCAGUGACAGAACUGCUCCCCAUCUUCAACAGACUUGA